AUGAAGUGGUUAUUUUACGUGAUUGUUUUUGUUUACAUGUUCUACAGAGCAGUUUAUGGCAGCAAACUUGAACACGGGGUUACAGUGGAUCCUGUGGUUUACGGUGACGAAGGUUUUGUGAAAGUCGGGGAACACAAGACCAUUAACUGCAAAGCGUCGAACAGAAAUCAAAAGGUUGAAUGGAUUUAUCCGAAUGGGAGCGCGGUUAAGCGUAUUCCAGGAAACAGAAUUUUCGCCCAGGAACAUUUUGUAUCUGCGUUCAGAGGACGAACUCCAGCUCUUGUGUUGACAAUAACAAAAGCUGAGGUCGAUGAUACUGGCGUGUAUCAGUGCCGCUCCGGGGAUUACACGAAGGAUGUCUCGUUAUGUGUUAUAGAGCCUUCGGAGUUCGUAGACACAGCAGCUGAGGUAACAGCAAAUAUUGGGCGAUCUAUUACAUUGUCUUGUCAGGCCAAAGGAAAUCCAGAACCGAGGCUUGUGUGGAACAGAAAUGGUGAAACCAUUACAGAUGAUGAUAGUUCAGCAAAAUACAAGAUUAUGACAAAGUACAACAUACAAGGUUUUGAAGGUCUACUCACUAUCACCUCACUAGAGGCAGAAGACAGUGGCGUCUAUUCCUGCGUCGCAAUCCAGGAAACCACACUGGUUGAAGAUUGUAGUCAUACGCACACGCACAAUAUUACUUUAAACAUUAACUAUGCUCCAGUUUUUGAAGGCGGUAAUGAGACUAAUAUUUAUGCAAAAAUGAACCAACAAGUGGACAUUGCAUGUUCAGCGAAAGCUUUUCCCGCUCCCACAUAUACGCUGUUUAAAGAAAUGCCAGAUGACUCUUUAAUCGAAUUUAAUAAGAAACACAUUACGUAUUCUGAAGAGAAAAACGAAGCGAUACUUACAGUGACAGCAAAUUCCACUACACUCCAGCACAGAUUCAAAUGUGUUGCAACAAACGACCAAGGCAGUGCAGAAAAGUACUUCACUCUGUUGAAGACAGAAAAGCCUAGUAGAAUUGAUGAGGUCGAAAUUUACGACGUGAGUGAUGACAUGGUAGACUUUAAUAUCACAUGGUACCAGGCCAUUACUUUUCCAGUUACCGCUGUUGAUGUUCAAUACGUUAAAGAUUCAAAUGGAGAUAGAAAAAAAGCUUAUUCUAAAGAAGCUUCAUGGCGGAAAAGCUCGCAAACAGAAGUAGAAGUAAUAAAUAGUGAUUUGUUGAUGUCUGAAUUUGGAGGCGUCGUAAUUGCAAUGGCAGGUUUAGAAAAGGAAACAUCAUACUGGAUGCGACUUCGAGUCAAAAAUGAAGUUGGAAUGUCGCCGUGGUCUGAUCCAAUUUUCGUGACAACUACAGCUGAAGACGAAGUAACUACGGUUACAUCUGAUGCCCCUGAAGCGCCCGAAGAACCUGAGCCUUCGGUUGGUGAUGAAAAUGUGAACGAUGGCACUUUUUAUGGUAUAUUUUUUGCAGGAGGAAUUCUAGUAGUGUCAUUCGUAUGUAUGUUUGCUUUGAGAAUGGUUAAAUAA